CUUUAACGUGUUUGUUGAAUUUAUACACAUACAGACGAUAUCAUUAAUAUAACGCUCCCAAUAUUCUCGUCUGUUGUUGUUUUAGUUGUUACCCUCUCUGAAGCUCAAAUCACUGCUAAUUCUUCAAUGGCCGCCAGCGAAGAAAGAAGAACCCUGGAGCCCGAGAAGCAAAGGCUGCUCAACCAACACAAAGAGAAGCACUUCACUGCCGGGGAGAUCGUUCGUGACAUCAUCAUCGGCGUUUCCGACGGACUCACCGUGCCCUUCGCUCUUGCCGCUGGCUUGUCCGGCGCCAAUGCCACGUCCUCCAUCGUCCUCACUGCCGGCAUCGCCGAAGUCGCCGCCGGCGCUAUCUCCAUGGGACUUGGAGGAUAUCUUGCGGCAAAAAGCGAAGCUGAUCACUACGUGAGGGAACUGAGGAGAGAGGAAGAAGAAAUCGUUGCGGUUCCUGAUACAGAGGCGGCGGAGGUGGCGGAGAUACUGGCACAGUAUGGGAUAGAGCCCCAUGAAUAUGGCCCCGUUGUGAACGCUCUCAGGAAGAAGCCCCAGGCAUGGGUUGAUUUCAUGAUGAAGUUUGAACUUGGAUUAGAGAAGCCUGAUCCAAAAAGAGCACUGCAGAGUGCAUUAACAAUCGCCAUUGCUUACAUCUUGGGUGGGUUGGUACCCCUGAUUCCUUAUAUGUUCAUUCCAAGAGCUAGAGAUGCUAUGGUUGCUUCUGCUGUGCUGACCUUAUUGGCAUUGCUAAUCUUCGGCUAUGCCAAGGGUUACUUCACAGAUAAUAAGCCCAUCACCAGUGCCUUGCAAACUGCUCUCAUUGGAGCCAUUGCCUCUGCAGCCGCUUUUGGCAUGGCUAAAGCUGUCCAUCCAUAACCUUCAAUUCUUCCAUUACAUAAUGAAGUUUCUUCUUCUUUUUGAGAGUGUUUGGCUUGUAUAUAUGCAUCCCUUUGAUUCCCUUCUACUGUUUCAAAACUUGGACUUUUCUUAAUUUGUUUCUAUCCUUCUAAUAAUUUGAUCUUAGUUGCUGCAA